CAGGUAUAUAUCAGCAGAGGAGAGGAGAGGAGAGGAGAGGAGGGGAGGAGAGCAGAAGGCCACCUCCCAUUUGCAUCUCCCUAUCCUAUGGAUAGAGCCGUCGCGACAGCCAUAGAUAUCGUCGUCAUGAUCCCGUCCUCGCCUUCGCCUUCGCCUUUGUAGCACCUCCACCUCCCCGUGCAGCCGCAGCUACCUCCUCUCUUCUCCCUUUUUCUUGGAUUGGAUCCCCCGCCCCCCUCAUCGCGCGUUUCUUGACAUGGCCGAAAUGGCCGUCACCGUCGCCCUCCGGCCCUGCUCCGGUGUCUCGCCGGCGGCGUCCAACCACCGCCGCCCCGCCGCGGCGUUCUCCGGGUGGCGUGCUCUUGCGCCGGCGGCCACGGCCAGGCUGAGGCUGUCCUCUCCUGCUGUCAAGGUUCCUAGAGCUGCUUCCUCUGCGGCUGUUGAGCAGGAUGGGAGCUCUAGCAACACUGACACAGUUCCUACCCCAAAAGUUAUAAUAGAUCAAGACUCAGAUCCGGAUUCAACCAUUGUGGAGAUAACUUUGGGUGACCGUCUCGGUGAUCUUGUUGAUACUAUGAAUGCCCUGAAGAACUUAGGGCUAAAUGUUGUGAAAGCUAGCGUCUGCCUCGAUUCUACUGGCAAGCACAUUAAGUUAGCUAUAACAAAAUUGUCCACUGGUCGCAAAAUUACUGAACCAGAGUUGUUAGAAGCAGUUCGGCUGACAAUUAUAAACAACAUGAUUCAGUACCACCCUGAAGCUAGCAGCCAAUUGGCUUUGGGUGCAACCUUUGGUCCAGAACCCCCUACAGAACAGGUUGAUGUGGACAUAGCAACCCACAUAGACAUAUAUGAUGAUGGCCCUGACAGAAGCUUACUUGUAGUGGAAGCUGCUGACCGACCAGGUUUGCUAGUUGACCUUGUUAAGAUCAUUGAUGACAUCAACAUCACCGUCCAAUCGGGAGAAUUUGACACUGAGGGCCUACUGGCUAAGGCGAAAUUCCAUGUCAGUUAUAGGGGUAAACCACUGAUCAAAGCUUUGCAGCAGGUUCUUGCUAAUAGCUUGCGCUAUUUCUUGAGGAGGCCGACGACCGAGGAGGCCAGUUUCUAGGCAGAUAAACACAGAAGCUCCCCACCUUCAGAUACCUUGUGAUACAUGAAUUUGAUACCAUCAUCAAGAUUAUUCUUGAAUAUGCAAACAAUUUAUCAAUGGCUUGGAGGUAUACUUUGAUCUUAUGGCUUAUACAAAUUUAAGCUGUUCCCAUUUGAAGACAAGGCCAUCUGCUGUAUUAACUGCAGAAGCCUUGGAAGAUUGCGUGCUAGUGCGAUUCCCAAGCAUGAGAAGCUUGAUUAUUUUGCUACCUAGGAUGCAUGUUUAAUGAUAAAUAAGAAAGCAAGUUGGGAGCCAUGCAUAAAGUGUUUUGGUGAAAUAAUGUGCUUCUAUUGUUCCCACCAUUCAUUACCUGAUUAAUGAAGAGCAAUAAUGAAUAAUAAAUAUGUGAUGAAAGGCUUGACAGUUU